AUGCCUAGGGGUAACAAGAGCAAGAGACGCUCCAGGGCCAAAAGGCAGCAGAUGCGUGCAGAGAGCAAGAAUAUUCAGGAUGAUCUGCCCCCUGAAGCAGAGGAAGAAACAGCCCCCCCUUUUGUCCAGAAAGAUGCCCCCAGCUUCCCUGAUGUCCGUCCUACUCAGGAGUCCCAAGAGGCUUCAUCCCAUGAAUCUCCUGAGUUAAAUGUGUCCCAGCUAGUCUAUGAUGCUGGAGCCGAGGGUGCUGAGGGUUUUGUUGCCGGUGCCGAUGCAACACAUUCAAAUAUAUCCAUUAUAGCAGAUGCCAUCCAAUCUGCACUCAAAGGUCGUAUGACUGGGAAGACCAACAAAAUAUUUCACUACCUGCUAGAGAAAUACCAGAUGGAUGAGCAGCCUAUGGAUGCAGAUAUGUUGAAGUUGAUCAGCAGGAAGCAUAAGGUUCGCUUCCCGUGGAUCCUGAAGAAAGCCACCUAUAAUCUGGAGCUAGUCUAUGGUCUGGAGUUGAAGGUUGACAACCCUAACACUCAUACCUAUGUCCUUGUUAGCAAGUUACCCAUUCCCCCUGGGUCAAGUGUCGGUGGAAAGAAACAAUUACCAAAGACAGGUCUCAUACUGACCCUUCUGGGUAUGAUCUACAUGAAGGGCAACCAUGCCACUGAGGAAGAAGUUUGGCAGUUCCUCCAUAUGAUGGGGAUAUAUCCUGGGAGGAGGCACUUAAUCUGUGGGGAACCCCGUAAUUUCAUCACCAAAGAGCUAGUUGAGCAAAAUUAUGUGAAGUACCGUCAGGUGGUUGGCAGUGAUCCCCCAAGGUAUGAGUUUCUGUGGGGUUCCAGAGCCCACGAUGAAAACACCAAGGUGAAAGUGAUGGAAGUUUUGCGUAAGAUCAGAGAAGCCAUUCCUAGUUACAAUCCGCAACAGUAUGAUGAGACUCUGAGUAACCAGGGUGAGAGAGCAGAUAGAGAUGAGGCUCCUGGUGACCAUGCUGCCAGGAUUCCCUCCUAUGCCCAUUCCAGCAGCUCCUCCCACACUUAG